UUAUUUACCAAAAUUUAAUUAGAACAAGGUUUUCACAAAAGCUUGCCUCCUGUCGGGCUGGGCUCCUAAUCCUGUGUACGUGUUGGCGCGUAGUGUACGGUAGAGCAAAAUUUAAUUCCGCCCAGAUGAGGCUGUAAAGUUUAAAGCCCCUCUCCUCUCUCUCCGCUCCCCUGUUCUCCCUGCAGAACCUUUUGCUAGGGGAGGGAGAGAGAGAGAUGGCAAAGGGAAGGCAGAGUGAGGAGAAAGCAGGAGUAUUCUUCUUGGCGACUCUGGUCCUCUGGUUCGUGUCUGUGUUCUUCGAGAUAACAUUCAACAAGCGCACGGAGCUACUUCCCCUUCUCGCUGGCUGUUGUUUCUUCCAAUCUGCCAACUCUCUCAUCCGCUUCUGCCUUUCUCGGGAUGCCCUUUUCGUCAACACCUCCGUCUCUCUCCUUCACUCCUCCAUUACCUCUGCUUCAGUGGUUUUCAUUUUGGUAAAUCAGUUGAUUAGUACUGGCUUGCAUGACAUGUUUGAGCACGCACAGUUGUUUGGGGGUACUUGGCCAUGGGCAUAUCCAGCUUUGUGCUUCUCAUGUGGUUAUUUUGCAUAUGAUCAGUGGGAUAUGCUACAUUAUCGUUUAUACAGUGGUUGGAUCCCAGCUAUCCUAGUUCAUCAUCUGAUACUCCUUGUUUGCUUUACGCUUGCUUUGUAUCGGAAUGUUACCAUCAACUACCUUAUUCUCACUCUCUUUUGUGAGCUGCAUUCUAUUUUUCUGCACGUAAGGAAAGUGCGACGGAUGGCUGGUGUUCGUGAUGCCAAGAGCCAAAUUGUUAGGGUAGAAUGGAUUCUAAACUGGGUCACUUUCAUUCUAGCAAGAUUCACAUCACACAUUCUCAUCACCAUCAAACUUAUCAGAGAUGCUUCCAAGUUUGGCAAGGGUUUAGAGCUCCCACUCGCUCUUCUUGGGAUGGCUGCAAUGAAUUUGCUUAAUAUUUUCCUUGGCAUUGAUCUCUUCAAUGCUUAUCGGAGGGAGAAGAAUCACCAGCAGAACCAUUGGAAUGAUUGAUGGAAUUAUCUGCAAAAUAAGUAUGCAUAUUUUCAAGGGUUUGAUUACUUAAUUGUUUUUUGACACUGUUCUUCCAAGCAUUGGAUUAUGUAUGUACACUGGAAAAAGAAAGGAAUUAGAUACGUAAAUUAUGUGUAUUAUUAACAAUAACAUGAUUCUUUUCCCACUAUUGAGCAAAAAGUAUUUUUGGUCUUCUUCUUGCUAAAAA